AAAUUAGACUAAAAAUUUUUCUGAAUGCCGAAACAAGUUAAGGGUGCACUAGUACAUCCCUUUUAAGGGAGUGCAUUGUAGAAUCACCCAAAGUUAAGUUUUAUUCUCUUAUAAAAAAAUCUAGAUAUUCCAUUUUUGAUUUCUUAUUUAUUUAUUACUACUACUACUACUUCUUCUUCUUCUUCUUCUUCUUCUUCUUCUGCUCUGUUCUGAUCAAAAUCCCAACAAUGGAGUUUCCCUCAUAUGGCCACACCACUCACCACCACCACCACCGCCGUGACGACGAAGACGACGAUGAUAAUAGACAAAGACCAAACUACCCUCCUCCAGGUACACACUACUCUUCUUUCAACCAACAACCACCACCACCACCACAACCUCCGACCUCCCAUUUCCCCCAUGAUCACUCACCACCUUCCGUAACCCAUCUCCACCACUCAACACCCACCCAAGAUUAUCAAAAUCCUUCCUUUCCUCCUCCCCCACCUUCCUUUGAUUACGGCGGCUCCACCAACGUUCUUCACGUGGGUCAUCAUUUUGAGCCGCCACCUCCAAUUAUGGAGCCUGGGUUUCAUGGUGGUGGUGGUGGGUUUGAUCAUCAUCCUCACCACUCUCGUCCUCAUCAUCAACAGACCCAUGAUCAGGGUAUGGGGGGAUCUCUUUCUGGGCUAUCUGGGAAACGUACUGUUAAAGUUUUUACUAAAGCUGAGCCUAAUUACUCACUCACCAUUAGAGAUGGUAAUGUCAUUCUUGCUAGGUCUAAUCCCUCUGAUGAGUUUCAGCACUGGUACAAGGAUGAGAAGUACAGUACAAGGGUUAAGGAUGAAGAAGGUUGUCCAUGUUUUGCUCUGGUUAAUAAGGCUACUGGUCAAGCUAUGAAACACUCCAUUGGAGCUACUCAGCCUGUACAACUGAUACCAUACAACUCAAAUGUUCUCGAUGAAUCCAUACUUUGGACCGAAGGCAGGGACCUAGGCGAUGGCUUCAGACCCGUUAGGAUGGUCAACAACAUUCGCCUAAACAUGGAUGCUUUUCAUGGCGAUAAGCUUUCUGGAGGCGUGCACGAUGGAACCACUAUAGUGCUGUGGCAAUGGAACAAAGGAGAUAACCAGCGUUGGCGAAUCACACCCUAUUGAAAUUCGGGAUGAUGCCUUGGUUUGGUGGUGGUGGUGCUGCUAGAGUUGAUGCUUUUAUGUGUUUGUUGUGACUUGUUAGAGUGAUCUUGUGGUUUGAAUUUUGAGUAUUGCAGCUUGUAUCUUACUAUAUCUAUUAUCUAUAUUGAUGAGCUUAUGAGUGUAUUUGUAAUAAUGAGAUUUAAUGAAGCAUUGCUAUAUUGUCAGUUGUUGCAA